AUGCAUCGGCGUGUUGGCGCAAUCCAUCGUAAUCCAGGUGAAAUCCACCGUAAUCUAGAUCAAAUCCACUGUAAUCUUGGCGUAAUCCACCGUAAUCCACGUGAAAUCUACUGUAAUCUCGAGGAUAAAUGCCACAAGAAUAUUAAAUCCUUUUUUCACCGAAAAGAAACGAGAAUACAAAAUAUGCAUUUUUAUUUUUUUAAUUCAUUUAUGAAUAUCUUCAUUUUUGUAUUUAUUAUUCAAAUUGGAUUUGUUUUCAAUUUGAACAAUGAAACUGUAGCAUCUGUACGAAUCAAACGUUAUGGUCAUAUGACAACAGAAUAUAUGAGUAGAUUAUUUUCAUUCAGUCCAACAUUUGUUCGACCUAAUGGUGAUACAAAUAAAUUAUAUUAUUAUAAUAUGAUAUCAGUAAAAGUCUUAAUGACAGGUGUAUACUCGUUUACAAGCAAAAAUUUAUCUAAUCCUUCGAAGAGUAUGAUUGCAUAUGAUGAUGACAGUGGCGAUCAUGAACAGUUUCAAAUUAAUCUUAAUAUGCAAUCCUAUAAGAAAUAUAUUUUACUGUUCACUACCUAUCAUCCAAACGUUACAGGGGAGUUCACAAUCGUAGCUGAAGGUCCAACAUCGGUUGCACUCACUCCAAAUUAUAAUUUCAUUUGGGAAUCAACAAUACCAACAAUUGCAUCUACGUACUCCGGCACUUUAUCACCUAACAGUCCUUCAUUCUCUCGAUCGUCAAAUAAUCUAAAUAAUUAUUAUUAUCAAGCGAUUCGUAUCCGAGCAUCAAAAGAUGGUAAUUAUACUUUUUUCAGCAGUAGUUCAAUGGAUACUUAUGGCUAUUUUUACUCUGAUUCAUUUGAUCCAUUUUAUUCUUCGAAGAACUUAAUUACAUCAGAUGACGAGAGUGAUGGUUAUGGACAAUUUCGAAUUUCUGUUACUUUGAAAUCCGAGCGGAAAUAUAUUUUGGUUGUCACUACAUUUCGCCAAAAUAUUACGGGAAAUUUUUUGAUUAAAGUUCUUGGUCCCGCUUUAGUUAAUUUAAGUUCAACUGGUCCAAUAAUAAGUCGUCACAAUGAUGUUUUAUCAUGUAAUAGUUCAACAUUUUCUCGUUCUAACUGGAAUAAUGAUACUGAUUGUUAUUAUUAUCAAGCAAUUCGUAUCCGAGCAUCAAAAGAUGGCAAUUAUACUUUUUUCAGCAUUAGUUCAAUGAAUACGUAUGUUUAUCUUUACAAGAAUUCUUUUGAUUCAUCUCAUCCUUCUCAAAAUUUGAUCAUAUCUAACGAUGAUGGUGAUACUAAUCAACAAUUUCAACUUCAAACUACUUUACAAUCUCAAUAUACAUAUAUAUUAGUCGUAACUACAACGAAUGAAGAUAAUCGUGGAAAUUUUCAAAUUGCAGCAAGUGGUUUAUCAUGGAUUUUUUUCUGUUCAAUUGCACCAACAAAAGAUCGUCAAUUAUGUGGUAAUUGUAUAACCACAUAUCCACCUGAUGAUGAUAAUAAUAAUAAUGAUAAAUCAUCAACAAAAAUAAUCAUUACAAUAGUUGUUCCAAUUAGUAGUGUAUGUGUUCUGAUUGUUAUUUGUUGUUGUAUAUGUCGAUGUAGACGAAAGAAGAUGAUUAAUCAACAAUUAACAUUAAUGGGAACUAAUCAAACUAUUCGAACACGAAGAUCUUCUCUAAGAGAUAUUCAAAUAACUGAAACAACAACAAAUGAAAUUGAUAUACCUUUUACAAUUCCAUUAGCAAGAGUAUUUGAACCUUUAGAAGAAGAACCACCACCACCAUACACAUCAGUUAUACCACAUAGUAGAGUAUAUGACAUCAUACACAAAUGA